AACUUUGCUUUUUAUUCUUUCGGGAAGCCUCAGCUAAAUACUGGAAUUGCCGUAACUGACUAAUCUCUCUCCCUAAAAUUACUGGCCUCAUGCUAAAAUUUGGAAAAACUAGAACCAUUAGCAUGCCGGCCAAAACGAUUAGUGGCAUUUCAUCCAUCUUUACAAUCUGAGUUCAAAUUCCACUGAGGUCAACUUUACGUUUUGUCCUUUCAGGGUUGAUGUAAUUGACUUAACCCUUUGCCCUGAAAUUGUUAGCCUUGUGUCAAAAUAUGAAAUCGUUAGUAUUUUUAUUAUUAUUAAUUAAGGUGGUGAGCUGGCAGAAUCAUUAGGACACUGGACAAAAUGCUUUGCAGUAUUUUGCCCAUUGCUAUGUUAUUUCAAAUUCCACCAAGGUCGACUUUGCCUUUCAUCCUUUUGGGGGUUGAUAGAUUAAGUAUCAGUGAAACACUGGGGUCGGUAUAAUUGACAAGACCCUCUCCGCACAAAUUUCAGGCCUUGUGCCUAUAAUAAGGAUUAUUAUUAAGGGUUGACUUUGCCUUUCUUUCAUCCUUUCAGGAUUGAGCACAGGGGGAGGGGGGGCGUGUAAUUGACAAUCCUCCCCUCAAAAAAAUAUCAGACUUUGUGCUCUUAGAAGAAAGAAUCAUUAUUAUUAUUAUUAUUAGUAGUAGUAGUAGUAUUGAGGCAGCAAGCUGGCAAAAAUGCAUAGCGGUAUGUUGCCCAUCGCUACAUUCUGCCAAGGUUGGCUUUGCCUUUCAUCCUUUUGGGGUCAGUAAAUUAAGUACCAGUGAAACACUGGGGUCGAUGUAAUCAACUAGUUCCCUACUCACAAAUUUCAUGCCUUGUGCCUUUCGUAGAAAGUAUUAUUAUUAUUAUUAUGGUGGCAAGCUGGUAGAAUUGUUAGUGUGUCUAUCAAAGGGCUUAGUGGCAUUUCCUCUGACUCUUUAUAUUAUGAGUUCAAACCCUGCCAAGGCCAACUUUGCCUGUCAUUCUUUUGGAAUCAAUGAAAUAAGUACCAGUUGAAUACUGGAAUCAAUAUAAUCGAUUAUCCCCCUCCCAGAAAUUGCUGGCAUUGUGCCAGAAUUUGAAACCAUGAAGGUGACAAGCUGGUAGAACCAUUAGCUCACCAGGCAAUAUGCUUAGCGGCAUUUUGUCUGUUUUGAUGGUCUGAGUUCAAAUUCUGCUGAAGUCAACUUUGCCUUUUGUCAUUUUGAGGUCAAUGAAAUAAGUACCAGCUGAGUACUGGGGAAGGGGGUCGAUGUAAUCGACUAUCCCCCUUCCCCCAAAUUUCAGGCAUUGUGCCUAUAGUAGAAAGAAAACUCUUCCGGCGGUAUCUUCCAUUCAAAAGGUGCUGGAGUUUCCAAGUUUUUUGACUGUCUUCAGAUUGUAUUCAAAGAAUCCGACCCAAAAGACCAAAGCAAUUCCUGUAUUUCUGAUAAUUAUAUGGUUCACAUUGCAGAGAUGAAAGCUAAAUGGAAUCAAAAAUCUGUAGAUCGUUGGGUAAAUUCUUCAGAACCACAAAAACGAGAACUCAGCUACUGGUGUUUGUGUCCGGGUUUCACAAUGAAGGAAUUCGUGUCUCUCGGUAUCAAGUGCUUGAUCCUGACGAGUGGCACGCUGUCACCGAUGAGUACUUUCUCCAGUGAACUGAAGAUACCAUUUCCUGUGGUUCUUCAGAAUCCUCACAUCAUAAAGAAGGAUCAAAUAUGGGUGGGUACAGUGCCAAAGGGACCAGACAAGUACACAUUGAAUUCCAGUUAUCAAACAAGGUUUGACGUCAAGUACCAAACAUCUCUUGGCAAUCUCAUCAUAAACAUUAGCUAUGUAAUCCCUCAUGGACUCCUGAUCUUCUUCCCAUCCUACCCACUCAUGGAUUCCUGCAUCACCUACUGGAAGUCUUUAGACAUCUGGAGGCGGAUCAACCAAGUAAAACCUGUCCUUGUGGAACCAAAAAAUAAAGAUGACUUUCAAAUUGCUAUUGAAGAUUUCUACGCCAAGGUGUCCGACCCUGCACUGAAAGGAGCCAUAUUCAUAGCAGUGUGUCGAGGAAAGGUCAGUGAAGGUCUUGAUUUUGCUGAUGCGAAUGGCCGAGCUGUUCUCAUCACAGGUUUACCAUAUCCACCUAUGAGGGACCCAAAAGUGAUGAUGAAGAUGAAAUUUUUGGAUGAUUUGGUUGCCAAACGCAACGGACAGCAGAUGACUGGAUGGCAGUGGUACCAACUGCAAGCCUACAGAGCUGUGAAUCAAGCUAUUGGAAGAGUCAUCAGACACAAAGAUGAUUAUGGGGCCAUCCUCCUGUGUGAUAGUCGGUUCACCAGUAACCAUAACAUUCACCAUCUUCCCAUCUGGCUCCGGGAUGAAGUUCGCAAAACGGACAAAUAUGGUCAAGUCUUGCGUGAGUUGGCCUCCUUCUUCAAGGCGGCUAAAAGAACGUUACCACAACCAGUGCUAUCUUCCAGACAAUAUAAAGCUGCCAACCCUGUCUCCACAUUUAGUAGUGGUUCAUAUUUUGAAAUCGGUCAAGUGACGAUACGUCCUCCAUCGGCCAGAGCCUCGGAUGUUGUCACACAUGUCCCCAGUUUGAGCAUAGAUGCGGAGAUCAGUAGAGCACUCUUACAGCAAUAUAACCAAGCAGAGUCGACCCGUCACCCGACUAACAAAGUCGGUUUAUUAGAAAUGCUGAGUGACACAGAUAAAAAAAAUGAAGAAUUCACUGGGUUAAAUUCUUUACCAUCCCAAAAAACUCCCCAUCCUGAAAACAGCCCCGUACAAAGGAAAUCUGGGAAGAAGAAGAUUGUUAUUGUAAAGCCAGAUGAAGGCAGUCAGUCCCAACAAGAAAUUACCAGUGCAGCUAACCCCACUUGCAAUGUUGCAGUCGCAACAACAAACCAGGAUAUGUACAAGCAGUUGGCUGGCGACUAUGCCGCUGUGGUGCGGAAUACUUUGACCCCAUCCAACUACAAGGUAUUUUCCAAAGCCAUGGCCAAUUACAAAAGGACAGAAGAUCUGAAGAGCCUCAUGGUUGUCCUUGCUGACCUCUUCACAGCCAGUACUGACCACUACAUAUUGCUCAGAAUGUUCUACAAAUUUAUCCGUCCCAAACAUCAAAGACAGUUCAACCAAUUCUGUGUUGACAUCACUGGAAUGGGUUGUGACUUCAAGCCAGAGCAUACCAUUGGAAGAAUCUUGAUCUGCGAUGCCAACCCACCUCCAGACAAGAAAUUAAAAACAUUUGGUCAAGAACAUUGUAUCACCAACAGCACUGUUCUUGAAGAUUAUCUUCACACCAGACUAUUCCCACCAUCACUUCUCUCUGAUCAGAAACUAUGGUCGAAACCAAUUGAGGAAGAAGAUGCUGAAGACAGUGGCCAGUAA